ACUGACAACAUACAGGCCCAUAUCUUUACAGUCAAUGCAGUGGAUAAGUGACACAGAAAGACCUGUGAGAAGCUGGGAACAACGAUUUUAAUUCAUGCACCUUCCUUGUUGUUUUUUUUGUUUUUUUUCUAUGCUUCACUCCUGCCUACUAAACAGCAGACGUUGUUCUGUUUGUAAGUUAGAUUUCAUUAUUCUACUUCGCUGCAGUAACUCACCUCGCUGCCUUGCAAACAAACCCCAUAUGAAGCACCGUCAGGGUUUGAGAAGGGCGAGAGCACAGCGUCGACUCGCUGCACUCAUUAUAGCUGUGGAGCAGCAGAGAGCGGCUGCAUGCGUAUGACUGUGUGCGUGCGUGUGUGUUUGUGUGCGUGUAUGUGUGUGUGUGCUUGUUUGGGUGCCACAGCAGCAUUUCUCCACUGCCCUUGUUUUGAAGUAGAUUUGAUUAACUUUCCCAACAGACGCGCGACUCUUGAGUAGGAGAUGUGGUGUAAAAAAAAAAAAAAAGUGUAAUUUACAAUUGAAUUCAGACCCUCUUACCUCCCACUCCUGCUGCCAGUGACACGCGCACACACACAGAGAGAAUCCUCGGAGCAUCAUUGCUGCCGAUGCUUGUGGACAUACUGUAUUGAGCGCUUGGGCGGCGGGCUGUAUUGCUCCGGUCUGUAGCCUCGUGCACACACACACGGCGGCGGGCAGGCACAAGUUGGGAGAGCACCGUAGGAGGAAGAGUUUGUCAGACUUGCACAGUCUGAGUAACACUUCAGAACCAAGGACAGAGCCAAACCGCUGGCUCGCAAACAUGCUCCAAGUGAACAACAUCUGGACUCUGCUCGUCACAUGAAGCUCUUCACGUUGACUGUGUAUUGUCGUGCUGCUGGUGGAAAAAGACCUUGCGUUUUUCAUCCGGCAAGACGCAUCUAGUGCUACAGCCAGGAAAUAUCAAUCAUGCUGCACCCACUGAGAGAAGACUUCAAAGUGAUCUGCCUCCAGACUCUGUGAGCCUCUGCUCCUCUCUACUUUGACCAGCUGAACCCUGCUACCUGAUCCUGCCAUGCUGAGUGUAGUGCUCUGCCCCAGGUCGUUGGCCAAUUUUGCCCAAUAUUGGCCGCUCCACAUUUUCCUGCUGGAGCUGCUGAUACCAGGAGUCCUGCCCAGCAUCUCCAGAUUGCCCCCUGCGGCCAAACGUGAGAUCAUCAUGGAUGGGGAUUUGGUGAUUGGAGGCCUCUUCCCUGUGCACCACAAAGGCGAUGGGACGGAGGACUGCGGAAAGAUCAACGAGGAGAGGGGAAUCCAGAGACUGGAGGCCAUGCUGCUGGCACUCGAUGAGAUUAACUCCAGCGAUCGCAUCCUUCCCGGACUCCAGCUGGGGGCCCACAUCCUGGACACUUGCUCGAAGGACACCUACGCUCUGGAGCAGUCUUUAGAUUUCGUAAGAGCCUCCCUCACCAAGGUGCAAGAUCCGGGCUUCAUCUGCCCAGACGGCUCCAGACCCGUCCAAAACGAGGUGCCGCUGGCCAUCUCUGGGGUGAUUGGAGGGUCUUACAGUGACGUCUCCAUUCAGGUUGCCAACCUUCUGCGACUGUUCCAGAUCCCUCAGAUCAGCUAUGCCUCCACCAGUGCAAAGCUCAGUGAUAAAACCCGCUACGACUACUUCGCCCGCACCGUGCCCCCAGACUUCUAUCAGGCCAAGGCCAUGGCUGAGAUCCUGCGUUACUUCAACUGGACCUACGUCUCAACAGUAGCAUCAGAGGGUGACUAUGGUGAGACUGGUAUUGAUGCCUUCCAGCAGGAAGCCCGCACUCGUCAAAUCUGCAUCGCCACAUCAGCCAAGGUGAGCCGCUCUAUGAACCGCCAGGGCUAUGAGAAUGUGAUCCGCUCCCUGCAGCAGAAGUCCAACGCCAGGGUGGUCAUCCUGUUCACCCGCAGCGAAGACGCUCGUGAGCUGCUGGUGGCUGCUGCUCGCAUGAACGUCUCCUUCAUCUGGGUGGCCAGUGAUGGAUGGGGAGCGCAGGAGAGUGUGGUGAGGGGCAGCGAGACAGCAGCAGAUGGUGCUUUCACCAUUGAACUGGCCUCCUACCCAAUCAGAGAGUUUGAAGAUUACUUCACCAAGCUUAACCCGUACACCAACACAAGGAACCCAUGGUUUAAAGAGUUCUGGGAGCACCGGUUUGGCUGCAGCCUCCAAGAGCAUGGCUGCAGUGAGCACAGCCUGCGAGACGGAACAUUUGAGCAAGAGUCCAAGAUCAUGUUUGUGGUAAAUGCAGUCUAUGCCAUGGCUUAUGCUCUGCAUAACAUGAGGCAGGCUGUGUGCUCCAACAUAUCCAAAGUCUGUGAUGCAAUGAAACCAGGGAACGGCAAACGGUUCUACAAGGAGUUCAUCCUGAAGACCAAGUUUGAAGCUCCAUUCAGACCUGUAGACACAGAGAACAUGGUGCGCUUCAACUCCGUUGGUGACAGCAUCAGCCGCUACAACAUCUUUCACUACCACAAAGAGGAGGGUAAGUUCGUCUACAAGAAGGUCGGCUACUGGGACCAGAACCUGACCCUGAACACCACCAUAGUGUCCUGGCGUGGCAUCGUACCACCCACCUCCCAGUGCAGUGACCCCUGCAAGAAGAAUGAAAUAAAAAGUAUGCAGCCUGGGGAUGUGUGCUGCUGGAUCUGUAUCCCCUGUCAGCCCUACCAGUACCUGCAGGAUGAGUUCACCUGUGCUGACUGCAGCUUCGGUCAGUGGCCUCUGGGUAACUUGACUGGCUGCUAUGAUCUGCCUGAAGAGUACAUCCGGUGGGAGGAUGCCUGGGCCAUUGGGCCUGUUACCAUCUCCUGCCUUGGUAUACUGUGUACUCUGUCAGUAGUGGGCCUGUUCUUCAAGAACAAUGAAACGCCUGUGGUUAAAGCAAGUGGACGUGAACUCUCCUACAUCCUCUUGCUGGGGGUGCUGAUGUGCUACAGCAUGACCUUCAUCUACAUCGCCAAACCUUCUACUGCUGUUUGCACUCUACGUCGACUAGGCCUGGGCACCUCAUUCGCAGUGUGUUACUCCGCCUUGCUAACCAAGACCAACCGCAUCGCUCGAAUCUUCAGCGGGGUGAAGGAUGGAGCCCAGCGGCCGCGCUUCAUCAGCCCGGCCUCCCAGGUAGCGAUUUGUGGCGCUCUUAUCUCCUGCCAGCUGCUCGUGGCCGUUAUCUGGCUGCUGGUGGAGGUGCCAGGGGUUCGGAAGGAGGUGGGCCCGGAGAGGCGAGACGUGGUCACCCUCAAGUGCAACAGCAGGGACUCCAGCAUGCUCAUGUCACUCACCUACAACUGUAUCCUCAUCAUCCUCUGCACUGUCUAUGCCUUCAAGACACGAAAGUGCCCUGAAAACUUCAAUGAGGCCAAGUUCAUUGGGUUCACCAUGUACACCACCUGCAUCAUCUGGCUCGCUUUCCAGCCCAUCUUCUAUGUCACUGCCAGCGACUACAGGGUGCAGACCACCACCAUGUGUAUUUCCGUCAGUCUGAGUGGUUCGGUGGUUCUCGGCUGCCUCUUCGCUCCCAAGAUCCACAUCAUACUGUUCCAGCCCCAGAAGAACGUGGCCACACUCAGAGUCACAGCCAACCGUUUCAGUGCCACAGUGUCUGCUUCUGCCUCCGCUCCCAGCUCCAGCUACUCUAAAGGAUCAGCCUCUAACUACGUGCCAGCAGUUUGCAACGGCCGCGAGGUGGUGGACUCUACAACGUCCUCUUUGUGAAAACAGGUUCCUCACUAAGCACAAGAGACCAUCCCACCAUCAGACACCCCUUCAUCAAACAGGCCUGUGUAUGAUGGAGCACCCACCCCUCUCCCCCUCCCCUCCCCUCCCCAUGCCAUCCAACAUGCUGCUGCGGAGAGAUAACUCUGUCUGGGUAGACUGACUGACAGUGGCUAGGGUAACUUUGACUGUGAAAGCUAAAUGACGUUCCUACAGCGAGCAGUAUGUAUCAAAUGUAAAGCCUUUUUGUAUAGAUUUAAUAUGCUGUGAUCUCUUUGGUUUACAGAUAGAUGUGAUUACAUGCACCGUGCCUUGUCCUAAAGAGUCUUGUUGUCAAAUGGGUGGUUGUGAAGCAAUAGUGUUACACAAAACAAAAGGCUGUUCUUAUCUUGUCCUUAGAGUGCUGUGAAUCUAUCCAAAUGUUUUAGACAAUGACAAAAAAAAAAAAAAAAAAUGCUAUGAAAUAAAUUUAGCCAUUUCUGUUAAACAAAAUAUGUGACUAACAAUAGUGAACGUGAUGAAAACUAGGCAACUAGACAAUAUAAAGGACAUGUGUUAAUGUAGACUGGUGUAACAGUGUGUGCUUUCUUGUAAUUUAUGUAAAUAAAAUGUUUUUUUAAUAUUAAAAGAUUAAACAUUGCAGUGUUUGGA